GCAAGGGCAUAUGUUAUUGAAAAAUUAUAGUAUUGUUUUGUCGCUGUAUUUUGCAUCCUGAAAAGAUUCAUCCCAGCUGUACGAACGGAAAUCAACCAUCUUUGGCGUAAAGGAUAAUUUAAAGAGGGCCUUGUCUGUUUUAUUGGGACACAAAGAACUAAAAUCCGAGACAAUAUCGACAAAUGCUGGCAUGUACUUCAUAUGACAACUUCGACUACAAUAUAAAGCUACAAUUCUCCUGUGAUUUAUCAGUCAAGCCCUUCGUGAAAUGGGCUUUUUGUUUUCAAAGUUAUGCAGUCUUAUUUUCUCUUCUGAAGAACACAAAGUUAUUAUAGUUGGUUUAGAUAAUGCUGGAAAGACAACAAUACUUUAUCAAUUUUUAAUGAAUGAAGUGGUUCACACAUCCCCAACAAUAGGAAGCAAUGUAGAAGAGAUUGUUUGGAAAAACAUGCAUUUCCUAAUGUGGGAUAUUGGAGGGCAAGAUGCCCUGCGCUCUUCGUGGGAUACAUAUUACGCUAAUACAGAAUUUGUAAUUAUAGUAAUAGAUAGUACCGAUAGGGAAAGACUAGCUGUGAUAAAAGAAGAAAUAUAUAGAAUGUUAGCGGAUGAACAACUGAAACAUGCAAGUGUAUUAUUAUUUGCGAACAAACAAGACUUAAAGGGCUCAAUGACAUCGGCAGAGAUUUCACAGCAACUAAAUCUAACAUCGAUAAAAGACCAUGGCUGGCAUAUACAGGCAUGUUGUGCGCUAACCGGAGAAGGACUGUACUCGGGUUUAGAAUGGAUUGUGAAUCAACGAAGGAAGUAGCAGGCUGUUAUACGGCGUUUGGGUGACGCGUGCAGCUUAUAGCGCCGUAUGACAACACACUGUACCUUACCUUAGCAGUAUACAUAUGUCUAUACUGGUCUGUCUACGGUUUAUAAAAAGCAGUACUGUGCAUGAGUAUUUCAUGAACUACAAAUGCUGUGUUGGUUAAUCAACGGCGAAAUAUGCAUGCGGGGAAAGGUGAAUUGCCACCGUUUGGUUAGUCUUUGAAAAACGAUAUUUAAAGGACGGAAUUUUACAACAGUGAAGAAAAGGCUACCAUAUAUGGAAUCAUCUGUUUUACUGACAAUAUUGAAUUAGAAUGAUAACAUAAGACAUUUUGAACGUUUCAUUAUACUACACAUAUUUACGAGUCGUUUUGCGACGUGCAUUUUUUAAACCAUCAUUGUAAACUUAGUGCUAAACUUGGUAGUUGGUUAGCAUUACUCGGAGUUUUCAACGGUCCAUCGUCUGUGGUCAGUGCAGAAAUUUUCUCUCUUAAUGAUUGAUCAUUGUAAAUGGACAUCGUCGAUGAAUUGCGAUUAAUGUGAACCAGGCAAUAAAUAGGAGGAAUGUAAAGCAUACAAUAAGAAAAAAAACCUU